AUGACUCUAGACAAGGUACCCGACGCGUCGCUAACCGCUCGAGAGCUGGCUCCUUUCGACGGCGUCGAAGAUGAAGGCUGCUACAAUGAUGUCGGUAUCCUCGACAAAGGUUACACCACCAAGGAUCAAAGGGAGAUGCAACGUUUGGGGAAACGGCAAGAACUGAUACGAAAUUUUCGACCUCUUUCUGCUUUGGCAUUUACCGCCCUGUUACAAGCGACAUGGGAGUUCUUGUUGAUUGCAAACACUCAAGUUUUGGUCGACGGUGGCAUUGCUGGAUUUUUCUGGACCUAUGUCUGGACCUUCUUUGGGUUUGGUAUCGUUAUGACUUCUCUGGCUGAGAUGGCUUCCAUGGCUCCGACUAGCGGCGGACAGUACCAUUGGGUGUCUGAAUUCGCUCCACCAAAGUAUCAGAAGAGUCUGAGCUAUCUAACAGGCUGGAUGAGCACGCUCUCGUGGCAGAGCGGAACAGCGUCUGGCUCUUUCUUGACAGGAACCAUCAUCCAGGCUUUGAUACAGAUCAACAAUGAAAAUUACGAACCGACAGCAUGGCAGGGAACGUUGUUGGUGUUCGCAAUGGUUCUUGUGCUCUUCGUCGCCAAUACUUGGGGCGCUCGGGAUCUACCUCUGAUCCAAAAUGUGCUCCUGAUCGUACAUGUCUUUGGAUUCUUCGCGGUCAUUAUUGUACUCUGGGUGAUGGCACCUCGGAACUCUGCCAAGGUCGCUUUUACUCAAUUUACGAAUGAAGGGGGUUGGUCUAGCAUGGGCCUCGCUCUCAUGAUAGGGCAGAUUUCGGCUAUCUAUGGAUCACUCUGUUCCGAUUGUACAGCGCACAUGGCUGAGGAGGUUAAGGAUGCUGGCCGCAACGUCCCUAACGCCAUGUUCUGGGCUUAUGUGUCGAAUGGGGUCCUCGGCUUGGUGCUGAUCGUCACGUACAACUUUGCCUUGACCGACGUCGAUGCCGCUCUGAACGACCCGACCGAAUAUCCCUUCAUCUGGGUCUUCCGUCAGGCAGUGUCGACUGGAGGCGUCAAUGCUCUGACCAUUUUGAUCCUCAUCUUGGUCAUUGCAUCCAACAUAUCUUUCAAUGCAUCGACCUCACGCCAAACCUUUGCCUUUGCCCGCGACAAGGGCCUUCCGUUCUCCAACUGGAUCGGCGCUGUCCACCCAAGACUACACAUUCCCGCCAAUGCCGUGACGUUGACAUGUAUUAUCAGCUGUCUCCUGGCGGUUAUCAAUAUCGGCUCCUCGGCAGCCUUCAACGCUAUUAUCUCGGUCCAGGUGUGCGCACUCAUGUUCUCUUACAUGAUCUCAAUUACUUGUGUGCUGUACCGGCGCGUAUACCACCCUGAGUUGCUGCCGAAGGCACGCUGGAGUCUUGGCAAGUGGGGAGUGCCGAUCAAUGUCUUCAGCAUCGUCUACUCCCUGUUUGCCUUCUUCUGGAGUUUCUGGCCCAAUGGCACACCUGUAGAUGCAGAGUCUUUCAACUGGUCUGUCGUGCUGUUCUUUGGCGUGAUGGUCAUCUCUGGAGUGUUCUAUGCGUUUCAAGGGAGGAAGAUCUACACCGGGCCUGUCGUGACUGUGGAGGGCAGGAACUGA